UAUUAAAAUUUUAAAAUAAAAAAUACAGUACAACAAGUAACAAACUUCAAAACAAACUUAUGUAACGAAUUUAACUAACUCCAAGUGAAGAUCAUCAAAACAAACUUCUCAGUCUUCUUCUUCUUCUGAAUUUCAUUUCUUCUUCGAGAUUCCAAGAAACCCAGAAAGAAAUAAAUUCUUGGAAGAACAAGAAAUUAAACCCAGAAAGAAAUGUCUCUUCCAAUCUUAAAGACAUUAAAGAAGAAAAAAAGAGCUCCAAAACUGUUUAAUUUGAACACAUUCUGUGAUCCUGGGUGUCCAAUUCAACCAAAUGGAGCUUUCAGAGAUAAUGUCAGGGAAUUUCUUCAAGAAUGUGCUGAAAUUGAAGAUUAUAAGCUGAAUUCUAUGAAUGUUUGGUGUACUCUUCUUGUCCAUGAAAGCAGACAUUUGGUUAUUCCACUUUACACCAUUGAAGAAGAUGUCAAGCUUUCCAAAAACCCCUUCUGUGAUCUUUGUCGUUGUACUGGAUGGAGUCAUCACUACCUAUCUAGAAGGAAGUACCACAUGAUAAUUCCCUUAGAUUCUGAGUGGAACAAGCCAUUGAACAGUGAGGUUCUUGAGCUUCAAACACACCUUCUGCAUGGAAUGAUUCAUUGCAAUGGUUUCGGGCAUAUCCUAUGUAUCAAUGGAAUCGAAGGAGGUUCCAAAUAUCUUUGCGGAAGAGAAAUCAUGGAUCUAUGGGAUCGUGUAUGCACAAACCUUCAUACAAGGAAGAUAUCAGUGGAGGAUACAUCGAGGAAGAGAUCGAUGGAUCUUCGAUUACUCCACGGUGUUGCAUAUGGACAUACAUGGUUCGGUAGAUGGGGAUACAAAUUUUGUCAUGGAAGCUUCGGGGUUCAGGAGCACCAUUUCCAAAAGGCGUUGGAUGUUCUAAGCUCACUUACACUCGAUGACCUGGUUUCUAAUUCCCAAAACACAAAUAAGUGGGCAGAUGUAAAACGGAUCAUAAAUUCCUACCGAAAUUUGAGCAAGACGAGUCUCAUCACACUCAAAGAUCUCCUUCGGUUUAUGCUAAUGACCUUGAAGUCGUCUAAGACUUCUCCGACAACCAAAUUUCCCUCGACGAAAGUGAUACCGUCUGCAUCAGCACCUCAAAAUCCGACAUUCCCAACAAAAAGUUGUGCACAAAAUAGGCAGACUUGCUCAAGCAAAGCAAAGCCUGUGAAAUGCCGAAACUUUACAUCUCUAGUAGCUAGUUUGGACAGCAGAUGGCCCAAGAGAAGACUAGAAUUUACAGCUGAUAUAAUCGUCAACACCCUGAAAGCAAAUAGGGAAUGUCAACCGGUUAACAAAGGAAUGACACGACAAGAAGUUCGAGAUGUAGCUCGAGCUCACAUCGGAGAUACAGGACUGCUAGAUUUUGUGCUGAAAUCCAUGAACAAUGUGAUUGUGGGUGAUCACAUAGUACGACGUAGAAUCGACCCGUUGAACAGAAUACUACAUUACACCAUCCAAAAAGUCGGUGAGCCUUCGCCUUCACCGGAAAAACCUAGGGAACAAAAAUCAUAUCCCAACCCACCUAUCACAAUCACCCCAACAUCAGGAUCUUCCAUUUAUCAAGAUAUAUACACCUUAUACCAACAACUGUUAUUUGAUCUCCCGGAAUCAGAAAUCUCUAGUUUGUCGGUCAGAGUAACAUUAGACAGCAAACACUUCGAAAAGGAAUGGCCUUUCAAAGAUCAAAAUGAUCAGUUACUCAGAUUCAUAUGCCAUUUCCUACCAACUUCAGACAUGGAAUCAUCAUACAAUCAUUCCCCUGGUGAGUUGAUUGUUCUACCAUUACACGCCUCGGUUAGGGACCUAAAGGCCGCUUCUCAGCAAGCACUACGAGACACAUACUGCAUCAUGGAAAGCUAUAUGGUAACAAGCAUAGAUAGAAUGGAAAGUUAUGACAAUGAAGAGGUAAUUUUCGGUGCUCUUGAAUCGGGUUCUGAAAUUUGGGUCAGAGGAAAAGGGAUCGACUCGAAUAGUGAGUGGCAGUUCGUGGGCGGACCUGAUAAUUGGACGGUAAAAUGUUCAUGUGGGGCAAAAGAUGAUGAUGGGGAAAGAAUGGUUUCAUGUGAUAUAUGUGAAGUUUGGCAACAUACAAGAUGUAGUGGGAUUGAAGAUACAGAAACAGUUCCUCCUCUUUUUGUGUGUAAAAAGUGUUGUUCUUCACUUAUGCCUCCAAGAGCUGAAACUAUUUCCUUCUCUGGAAAUGAUAUUUGUCAAGAUUUGUUGAUAAUGCCACAAGAAUCUGAAUUUGAAGACUCUUGGAUGGAAUUUACAUACUGAUUUUUCUUGUCAAUAGUUGUAAAUGUUCUUGUGUAAUUGUUCAUUGCAUAUUCUGUAAUUUGUAUAAAUAAUUGAAUCAUAUUCUUUUGAAAGUAAUGGAACUUGGCCUUUUUUCAAUCCCAUGUCUUUGUGUUGUUGAAGACAUGCUUGUUAAUAGUGAUUGUGUUUGUUGAGACAUACAUUUAGUUAUUUUGUUGGGGUCAAAGAUUUAUAGUUCUUUGGUUUUGGGUUAUAAUGGACUAUAGUAAAAUGACUUGUUAAAUCACGUGCACUUUUUAGUUAUGUGAAAAUGGACACUAGCAGGGAAUGUACCUCCAAAAGCUAACCUUGGAGAUUUGAGGAAAUUCAGAGGGCUUAAACACCUCGCCAAUGAUAGAUGGAGGUGAAGGCAAUGGUGCAAAGGCUUACAAAGACAGGUGGACUGUGAUCCAUGCUUGACAAAACAGGGGUUUAUUGGAACUGGAACAUAAUAGUUUUGUUAUCGGCCUUGUACACAACAAAAUCCGAAUAAGAGAA